UUUUAGAUUGACGUCCAUGGUACAUGGUUUAGUGGACAUAGUAUAUCCAUGAUCGGCUUCUAUCAGGAUAAAAGCACUGCUCAAGCUUCUCAUCAUCAUGUAAAAUGUUUCGUGAAGUCGCCAAGCUUCAAGGAUCUCAACAUUGAUCUCCAAUUUUAUCGUGACAAUAAUGCCUCGAAGUUAGAUGUUAAGGCGCUCUCAAAUAAUAGUGACGAAUACCAACUCUACUUCCACCAUCAGGCAGUAUCUGAUGUGGAGGUGAAAACUCAAGCAAAGCUCAAAAACAAGAACAAGCUGUAUUCGUUCGAGAGUCGAGUAUAUGAUGGCGAAUACAAGCGGAUAGACGCCGAACUUCAUAUCGAUCAAAUCCGAGACAUUGAUUUUCGGUCUACAUCUACAACAGAGAGAAUGAUAAAUCGGUGGGCCUUGAAAUUCAUUGGGACGCUAACAGGGAUCCUAGUCAAAAUUUGGUGUUUAAAGGAAGUUACAAGAAAAAUGCUGCUUAUGAUCAUGUGGCCAAUUUUAUGAUUGUAUAUCCUGGAAAAUUUGUAAAGGGAGACUACCGUUUCCUACUCCAGAAGGGACGGAUAAAUACGUUGGCUUACCUGGAAUGGGACACUGGUGUAUUCAACAUAGACGUGGACAUACUGUACGAUUUUGAAACGAAAUGGUUCCUACAAUUUACUUCGAAAGUUCUUACCCCAUUUGACCAUUGGAAAAAAAUGACGCUGGAUGGAAGAUUCGAUCACGAGGGCAACAAAUACGAUAUCCAUGGUGUCAUGUCAUGGAACAAAAGGGAAAGAGUAGCAGUGGAUAUUUUUGGUGAUUAUACGUCCACAGGCUCGUAUUUUACUUGCAAAUACAGCUGCUCGAUUGCAAGUUCGAUUGAUCGCGUGCCAAAUAUAAAUACGACUGUCAGCCACAGACAGAACGAUACUAAUUUCGAUACCAAUUUGUUUUUAAUGUAUAAUCCCGAGUUUGUGAUCGGGCUUGACAGUCAAUGGCGGAUAGAAUCCGACAACCAGACGUCCAAUCUAACAGGCACAAUUCACUCAAGAACCCCAUUCAAGGGAUUAGCCAAUGGCGUGCUAGUAGGAAAGAUAUCUAUAAAGGAUAACUAUAUGAAAGGAUACGGCCAACUCGAUAUCGACCAUAAAAAAAUGAGCAUUGACAUGGAAGGAAGAUUUAAAAAACUUACUAAUUGCAUGUUGAUGGUUAACCUAACUGCACCAGAAAGCGAGUACAAGUUGAGGUUUGUAAUUUCUGCGGAGCAAAGGACAUUCAUUGCUAUGCUGACAUAUCCUACAGGAAGUUUUGGAACCGAGGUCAUCUUUUUGGUACACAGUCUUGGCGAUUUUGAUACGAAGUUUCAUCUUGCGACGCCUGUAGAAUUCUUGCAAGAUAUCAUUGUUGCUGCUAAGCUCAAACCCGAAGAGGCAGACUUCCGAGUGGGCUGGAACUUUCUAUUACUAGGAUUUUCUGGGGUUUGGCAUUAUGCUAAUGUCCUCGACUUCCACUACUCGUACAAGAUUUACACUCCUAUCGAAGAUUUUGAUGAGAACGGGGUUGUUGGCAGGCUCGUAUUCAAAGAAGGAUUAGACUUAGAAGCUUCGGCCAAGCUCUCCAAGUACAAGGUUUGUAUAUCGAAACUCACAUUAACACAUCAUAUACAUUACACCAUUGAUGAACAUAUUCCAUCGGAAGAUGUGCCUGUGCGAAAACAGGUAUACAGGGUUUGUACGGAAGGAAAUGAGCCUCCUUUUUUAUGA